AUGAUAAUAAUGGUGAUAAUUUUCUUGCUGCUUCUGUUCUGGGAAAAUGAAAUGAAUGAGGAAAUAAUGCAGGUGUCAACCUUAGAGCACCUGCACGUGGACUACCCUCAGAGUGACAUUCCUGUAAGGUACUGCAACUACAUGAUCAUAGAAAAAGUCAUCAGGGAACCUGACUACACUUGUAAAAAGAAACAUGUCUUCAUCCAUGAGAGGCCUCGAAAAAUCAAUAGUAUUUGCUCUUCUCCCAAGAAGGCGCCCUGCCAAAACCAUUCCGCCACUUUCUGCUUCCAGAGCGAGACAAAGUUUCAAAUGACAGUCUGUCAGCUCAUUGAAGGCACCAGAUAUCCUGCCUGUAGGUACCACAUUUCCCUCACAGAGGGGUAUGUUCUUGUCACUUGUAAUGACUUGGGGCCAGUUAAUUUCCAGGGAUAUGUUGAAUAA